CACGCUUCUCGAUUUCCUCGAUCUCUGGAACAUUCACAGAAAGCUCUCAAAAUUUCUCUUUAUUUCUUGUUCUCUCGCCUUCUCUCUCAAAUUUUAUUUCUUCAACGCAAAAGAAAGAAAGAAGAAAGAAAAGUUAAACAACCCGAAGCUUGCAAAGAUGGCGUCGUUUGAGGAAGCUCCGCCUGGAAAUGCAAAGGCCGGUGAGAAGAUAUUCAAGACCAAGUGUGCCCAGUGCCAUACCGUCGACAAAGGUGCCGGCCACAAGCAAGGACCCAACCUUAACGGUCUGUUUGGAAGGCAGUCGGGUACAACCCCAGGCUACUCCUAUUCAGCUGCUAACAAGAACAGAGCUGUGAUUUGGGAGGAACAUACUUUGUAUGAUUAUCUGCUCAACCCUAAGAAGUACAUUCCUGGAACAAAAAUGGUGUUCCCUGGAUUGAAGAAGCCACAAGAUCGUGCCGACCUGAUCGCAUAUUUGAAGGAGUCUACGGCCUCCUAAAUGAGCUUCUAGCAGUAAUAUUUGCAGUCAUUGGAGAUUGUUUCAGUUUCAGAAUACUUGUGUUAUCAGCCUACGGCCUCCUGAUUGCAAAAAUGGACCUUUAUAAUAAUAAGGCUUAUUCAAUUAGAUUGCAACUGUAUUUGAUGAAUUUCGGGUGAAUUAUCAGCCUGAGAAAGAUGAUUUUGUUUUCAGACUAUUUAACCAGAUCCGAGGCAUAUUGCAUAUACAAAUAAUGUUGCAUAUAGGAUAUAAGCAGAGGCCAGCUGCCUCACUUGGUUA